AUGCCACAGAGUGGAGCACUGCGGCACAUCUUGUGGCUGCUCACUUUCUUCCAACUCUCUGCUUCCCUGCCUUUGCAUGCCGCCACCACCUAUCCCCUUACAGUGAUCGGCAGGUUCGCCCAGCCACAUACAUUUGAAAAUAUUGCGACCAGACACAAUGGCCAACUAUUGUUGACUUCCACUGCCUCCUCGACUCUAUACCAUGUUGACCCACUUCGACACGAUCAAAUCAACGGUAUUAUUGAUAUCCCUCAGACAACUGGGUUGCUUGGUAUUGCAGAACUGGAGGAGGACGUGUUCUAUGUGAUUAGCGCGAAUCUGAGUUCUGUUCAAGGAGUCCCAGGCUCAAACGCUAUUUGGAGACUCGACAUGCGCGGCCACGGUUCUUUUUCCGCAUCGAACAGGACGGCAAAACCAGAACCACCUCUUUCACUAGUGGCCAAUAUCAGCAGUGCCCAAUUACUGAACGGCAUGUGUCGCUUAUCAGACCACGAUGCAACAUCACUCCUGAUUUCCGACUCGCAGGCAGGGAGAAUAUUCAAACUAGACGCUCAUACCGGUUCCUUCCAAAUAAUAAUCGAUGACGAGGCCCUCAAGCUUUCGUCCGAGGGCUUACAAGUCGCCGUGAAUGGGAUCCAUGUCCAAGGUUCAUAUCUGUUUUUUACGAACUACAAUAAGGGUAUCUUCGGCCGAAUCCCUAUCUCUUUGUCUACUGGCAUCCCCACCGGUCCUGUCGAAGUUAUUGUUCAAGGCGUCCACGGCGAUGACUUUGCUGUUUCUACGGAUGGAAAAACUGCGUGGAUCGCCAUGAAUGGUCAAAAUCGUUUGGUUGAAGUGGACAUUCCUGCAAGAAGUGCGCGGGUUGUUGCGGAGUCGUCCUAUCUAGCAUCAGCAUCUGCUGUGUCGUUUGGUCGAACUCUGUUGGAUCGAGACAGUCUGUAUAUUUCCUCCGCAGGGGUACUUGACGCUACGAUUGGCAUCAAUAGCAAUGUUACCGGUGGUAUUGUUGCUAGGGUUGAUCUUGUAUAG